UAUGCAAACAGUCUGAUACCCGAGGACGCUGUGAAAUGAACAAACAAAUUCUGCGCCUGUGCUACUUUGAAGUAUUUCUCCUGUGGCUCGCGAAUAGUAUUGGCGCUGUCGAGGUAAACGAGGAGUCUUCUAAAGAUGAAGGAUGUUUGGAUCCUCCUUUAAUAGAUUACUCAGAUGCAGGAAAUGAAAUAGAAGCUUUAAUAAAAUCAGUCGAAACAAUUCGAAGACAGCAAAAAGACACGGAGGAUGCGCUACAAAGAGUCCAAAUUGUUAUGGAAAAAUAUGAGAAGCGCUUAGCGGAACUUGAGAGCAAAGUGCGGUCUACUGCGAAUCUUCAACAAGAAGUCCAAAUUGUUAUGGAAAAUUAUGAGAAGCGCUUAGCGGAACUUGAGAGCAAAUUGCAGUCUACUGCUAAUCUUCAACAAGAUGAAAAAACUCUUAUGGAAAUAAAUAGGAAGCGUUUAGCCGAAAAAGCUGAGCGCAAGCUAUCCGCCAUACGUGAUUGUACGGAGGCGAAGAUGAAGAAUGGCGUGCGAUAUAAGGAUGGCAUUUACGAAUUACAAUUAUCGGGCUUUCCGCCGUUCAAUGUAUAUUGCCUGACUAAGUGUUUACCAGAAGACCCAAAAGAUUGCUAUCCGUGGACUGUAAUACUACGAAAUGAGCACAGCGAUAAUGGUACCUUGGAAAAAACCUGGUAUGAAUACCAAGCUGGCUUUGGAAAUGCGAACAAUGAUUAUUUUAUUGGAUUAGAUCGCUUGAAUGUCAUGACAAAGACUUCACCUCACGCUUUACUAGUUGGUGUUGAUUUUGAGUCGGAGCGAUUCUUUUACUAUGAUAAGUUUUCUAUCGAGGGUGAGAGAUCCAAUUAUGCUGUAGAUGUUUUGGAAAAUGGCAGAGGAGAUCCGGGUGCAAAAUAUUUUUCAAAAAUAAAAAACUUUGAGUUUUCUACCGAUGGUCAUUGUGCAAGAAAGCAAAGACGGGGUUGGUGGUAUAAUUACUUUUGUGCCAAGGACGCAUUCAGGAGCGAAUUUUCUUAUUACUUUUAUUUGGCAAUUCGGCCGAUACUUUGCGACAACCAUUAGAGAAAACCAAAAUAUGAGAAAAUUAUUUCUUAGGUGGUAUGAAAGGUAUGGAAUAUUGUACGCAUAUGUCUUUGGUGGAUCGGAUGUCAUGAUACGGAACGAUAAUUUAAAUAAGACGUUACGCUUCAUAAAAAGCUCCCGUAAAGUUUGGUGCUUGUUCAUUUGAUUAUUGAAAUAAAUUGAAUAUACAUUGAGAACUUUUUACUCUAC